AUGAAUAAUUAAUGGUAUUGCCAGGAUAAUAAUCCUUUUGAGUAUUCCUAAUGAAAAUCUCUUGAGAGUUGGUAAGGUUUAAACUUUUAAAUAUCUAUAAUGUAUACUUUUAUUCACUACUACAGAAGAACAAGAAGGAACAAAAUGGUCAAGACAAAUGUUACAGUCAUUUCAAAUUUUAUUUUUCUGGGAUUUUCCUACUACCCCAAAGUGGAAAUAGCCGUAUUUGUGCUGUGCUUGCUGAUGUACUUGAUCACCUUGCUGGGUAAUAUGAUUCUGAUCUCCAUCACCAUCCUGGAUUCCCGCCUACACACACCCAUGUACUUCUUCCUCAGCAACCUCUCCAUUCUGGACAUCUGGUACACCUCUUCUGCUCUCACUCCAAUGCUGGUAAACUUUGUUUCAGGGAAAAACACCAUCUCAUUCUCAGGAUGUGCUACUCAGAUGUACUUCUCUCUGGCCAUGGGCUCCACUGAGUGUGUGCUCCUGUCCAUGAUGGCAUAUGACAGGUAUGUUGCCAUCUGCAACCCCCUGAGAUACCCCAUCAUCAUGAACAAGAGGGUUUGUGUGCAGAUUGCAGCUGGCACCUGGGUGACAGGCUGCCUCACUGCCCUUGUGGAAACUAUGUCUGUGCUGCAUCAGUCUCUCUGUGGAAACAGCAUCAUCAAUCAUUUCACUUGUGAAAUUCUGGCUGUCUUGAAACUAGUUUGUUCAGACACUUCCAAGGUGCAGUUAAUCAUGCUGGUGAUCAGCAUACUUCUUCUUCCUAUGCCGAUGCUCCUCAUUUGUCUCUCUUAUGCAUUCAUUCUGUCCAACAUCCUAAGAAUUGGUUCAGUGGAUGGUCGAAGCAAAGCCUUUUCAACGUGUGCAGCCCACCUGACUGUGGUGAUUUUGUUCUAUGGGACAGCUCUCUCCAUGUACCUGAAGCCCUCGGCUGUAGAUUCACAGGAAAUAGACAAAUUUAUGGCUUUUGUAUACGCCGGAUUAACCCCCAUGUUGAAUCCUAUCAUUUAUAGUCUACGUAACAAAGAGGUGAAAGCGGCUGUGAAAAAAUUACUGAUUAGGCACCCUCUUCGUGCUCUCUUAAUCCCUAGUAGCAAAUAACAUCAAUAAACAUUUAUCUAAGGGAUGUUUAGUGGUGAGUAUUCACUAGAACUUUGGGAUCAUGGAGGAAGACACUCAUUCUAAAUGAAAUGUGUGAUUUCUUACUUCUCUUCCUUGAAUGACCACUG